AUGAAGCUACCUGGAGGUGCUUUCACGUGGUACCUAGUGUUGCCGGCUGCUGUGCUACAAGCAGCGGGAUCUCUGCUGGCUGAUAGCAAUCUCGACCGAAGCCCGCCGGUGAAGCUGUUGAGCUCAAUCGUCACAACGCACUACCGCGCUCCGGAAAGCUAUGUGGCGCUGCGUACCCAGAAUGGCAACAGUACGAAGCCAACGUUCGGCCAGCGCGAUCUGCUGGACGAGCUUAUGCGCCUCACCAACGACUGGAUGCUCGUGGCGCUCGAAGAUCUGCCAAUGGCGGAAGGACGUCCCGCUUACUACAAUGUGUUCCUUGUGCAAGAUUACGGCUCACUCUGCACGCUGCUGGACGGUAUGACCUACCAAACGCAUCACUUUUACGGUCUGUACACGAUUGUGAUGGAACGCCUCACCAACCCGAACACCACCCUGCACGCGGUAAUGGAGAAGCUGUGGAGCCUUAAGCUGAUGAAUGUGGUCGUGAUUGUGCAAGGAUCGAGUGACGAAUCGUUCACCGCCUACACGUACCAUCCGUAUCGGGAGCAAAAGUGUGGUAUAGUGGAGCCUUACGCGGUGGACCGGUACGAGAACGGUUCGUGGUCCGGCCUAGCUCACUGGUAUCCAACGCGCACGCAGAAUUUCAACGGAUGCCCGCUGAUCGUCGGAACAGUGGACAUUAAACCAUGCUCGAUUGUCGUCCGGCACGCGAAUCGAAUCGCUCACAAAGGCAUCGAGGUGGCGCAGGUUUUGCAUCUGGCCAAAAAGUUCAACUUUACCGUACACUUUGUGCUUUCGGACGGCGACAUCAAGUGGGGCUUCGUGCGGCCGGUCAACAGCACCGGGCUGAUGGGCAUGAUACAGCGGAGUGAGGUAGAGUUUGGCUUCGGCAGCAUCGGUAUCGGGUGGGCACGGGUUCAGUUUUUGCGGCAGGGCACGCCCAGCCGCUACGGACAGAUACUGAUGGCGAUACCGCCCAAGCGCCCGUACACCUCGCUCGAGAAGCUGUUCCAACCGUUCAGCCUGCAGACGUGGCUGUGCGUGGUGUUCUGUCUGCUGGUGAUUAGCAUGCUGGCAAGGGCGAUGUUCCGGGUGUGGAAGAACGCACCGGCCGACCUGGACCGACUGCCCAACGCAUUCUACACGAUGUGGGUGCUGACGAUGGGUGGACCGUGCCAAACGCUGAGGAUGGACAGUUCGCGCAUAUUCAUCGUUAUCUUCGUGCUGAACAUGCUGGUGCUGCGGACACUGUACCAUGCGGGCAUGUUCGAACGGUUGCAGGCGUCGGACAGCUUAGCGUCGGAUUUGAACACGCUGGAGCAGAUCAACAGGGCGGGCAAGAUGUACCACAUGCACAAAACGAUCACGCUGUACUUCAACGACAAUCCGCUGGUGGGACCCAGACGCAUCCGGACCAUCCAGCACGACAGCGACAAUUGGGAAGAUCUCCUGUACAUGAUGUCUCAGCAGGGCAGUGACUUUGUGGUAGCGCUACCGCUCGACUGCAUCAAGUACUACGUGAAGAUGAACGGCGAACGGGGCCUAGUGUAUGUCGGCAAACAUACGGGAAUUCUGUACAACACCGCGUUCUACUACCCGAAGACCACCUCGCUCCAGGAACCGUUCAGCACGCUCGUGCUGGCGUUCCACACGGCAGGACUCGUCAAUCACUGGGCUCAAGAGUUCGAGGACAAUCGGUUCUGGUCCAACGCAGUGUCCGAUCCCGAACCGGCCAGCAUUAAGUGGGAUCACAUUUCCGGCGCGUUCUAUCUGACCGGCACGAUGCAUUUGCUGGCGAUAGGUGUAUUUCUGCUCGAGCUUGGAUAUGCCCGUUUGCCGAAGAAAAAGCCAAUGGCAUGGAGUGAAUGA